UUUCCAGGGAGGGACCGGGGCAGGGAAAGAGUUGAGGAGGAGAAGAAGAAGGAAGGAGUUGGGGUGCAGGUUUCUGUGGAUGUGAAGCUGAAAACUUUGAUUCUAGCUCAGCUUUUCUUUGACUCUUUGACUCUGCGCGUGUACGAGGACGUCACCAUGACAGGAGCACCGUGGCUGCACGCUCACAACUUUUAACAAACAGUUUUGGGAUCAAGAGCUUCAAUUCACUCCUGAAAGCAAAGAAAAAAAGGGAAUAACCACCUCACCACCACGGCGGAGAGUUCAAGGGAAAGGCUGUGACUAUGGCCGUUUCCCCCGUGAAGCACGGCUCCCUCGUCCCCGUCCUCUUCCUCGUGUUGGUCCCCCUCACCUGCGUCUGCUCGUCCUCCAACAGCAGCUCCGUCAGUCCCGCGGCCAACGCCACGGCCGCUCCCUCCAACACCACCACCCAGAAGGGGCAGCGAGGCUGCGGAGCGGGACUCCCUCCCAUCUACCGGUACCUGUGUGACCGGCGGGCGGCGUGGGGGAUCGUGCUGGAGACGCUGGCCUCUGCAGGAUUCCUGCUGAGCUCGGGCCUGCUGCUGGGCCUGCUGCUCUGGUCCCUGUGCAACUGCUUGACGUCCCGCCACCGGCCCCGGGGCGCUGGCAGCUUGGUGCUGCGCAUGUCGCUCUUCCUGCUGGCCACGGCCGGCAUCUUCGCCAUCACCUUCUCCUUCAUCGUGCGCCUGACCCCCCAGACCUGCCCCACCCGGGUGUUCCUGUUCAACGUGCUCUUCUCGCUGGCCUUCUCCUGCCUGCUGGCCCGCUGCCUCGCCCUGCUGGGCUUCGCCGCCGCCCGCGGCUGGGGCGAGCCGGCCGUGGCUCUGGGACUGUUCGCCGUGCAGGUCAUCAUCUCCACCGAGUGGCUGCUGGUGGUGCUGGUGCGGGACGGGAAGCCCUGCGCGUACAGCCAGGGGGAGUUCGCCAUGCUGCAGAUCUACGUGCUGUGCCUGCUCGCCAUCAGCCUGAUCCUGUCGCUGCAGGUGCUGUGGCGCUCCUGCUCCACGUACAGCUACAGCUACACGGGCCCCAGCAACCAGCAGUGGAGGAUACAGGCCAUCCUGAUCUGCCUGACGCUGCUGCUCUCCGCCUCCAUCUGGCUGGUGUGGAUCGCCAUGCUGACCAGAGGGAACCCGGACCUGGGCCGGCGAGCGGCCUGGGACGACCCGGUGCUGAGCAUCGCGCUGGUGGCCAACGGCUGGGUGCUGCUCAUGGGCCACGGGCUGUCCCAGAUGGCCUUCUUCUGCAGAGGGGAGUGCACGUCCAAGGACGUCCCGCUCAGCUUCGCCGGGUGGACCAGCCCCAACGCAGAAAUCCCCGGGUUCGGGAGCCAGAAGGAAGGAAAGGAAAACGGAAGCUUUGAGAAUGAAGGGGAGAACCGGAGAGGCAGAGGGGACCCAAAGCUGCGAUCACCCUACGAAUCUGGAUUCUCCAUGACGGAGAUUGACCCUGACAAGGAUUACAGCAUUCCUCGACCUCAAACCACCAACUACAACGAGCCGUAUGAUGAAUAUUACGGACAGGAUUGAAAUCAAACCGGCUGAAGUCUUUUUCUCACACACUCACACACACAAACACACAGAUAAAUCCACAUCAAAGCCUAUAGAUAUAGGUGACCACGUCCUGCUCCUUAUACAAAUGUAAAUAUCUUUUUUUUUUGUUGUUGUUACAUUAAAUAAUGAUGUAAAAUUCUUGUUUCAAACACUAGAAAAACAGACUGCAGCCUCACUGUGCUGGGGUGUCAAUGUGGGCCGUAUAAUGGUUUCCCUCUGAUGGGGAAUCCACCACGUGACAAACACUGCGUGGACGUGAGCCUCUGUCGCAGGUUGCACAUGCACGUUCUGCGCUGCUCAGAGAUGGUAUAUAAUAGCCCUGAGGUGAUGAAGGAGGUGUGAAACUGUCCACUAGAGAUGCCAAACUGCUGAGCAGAGCAGAGGCGUCCCAGCAGGGUGGAGGGGGAAGGAGAAAAGGAUGAGGAAGAGGAGAGAGAGACUGGAUGAGACGAGACAGGAGGGGGGGCAGAGCUGUAGAGCUGUCAGCACCGGGGGACGUCUCGUACCAUCACUGCCCAACAUCCUCACUGUCACAGCUACUUUACAGCAUUUGAGUCUUAAUUAAGAGCUAAUGGCAUGCGAG